AUGGCGGCUGAAGGUUCAGCUGAAGGUUUCCAUGCUCAGGCUUCUCAUACAUUUGAAAGCGAUCCUCCAUCAUUUCUUUCUUUGUUUAUUUCUCCCGUGCAGAGAGGAAUCCCCAUUGGGCAAUUCUGCAAGGAGUUCAACGAGAGAACCAAGGAGAUGAAGGAGGGCAUCCCGCUCCCCAUCAGGAUCAACGUGAAGCCUGACCGAACGUAUGAGCUUCGGAUCGGCAGGCCCACGGUGUCGUACUUCCUGAAGCAGGCAGCGGGGAUUGAGAAAGGCGCGGGACAGACGGAAGGUAGUGUACAGCGGGUAAAACAAAAAGAAGCCCCCAGGAAGAGCGCCAGCUGCUGA